AUGUCGAAAUAUGUUAGUUGGUCCUGCGUGGUAUCCAAUCCUUAUUACUCGCAAUGUGUACCAGGCUCUUCUGGAUCUUCUGGCUCUUCUGGGACAUCUACAUCUACAUCUACUGCUUCGACGCCUUCCUUGACCGGAAUUGCCGCUACAGCGCCAACGACGCCGCCUUCAAAACUUACCGGAAUGCUACCGGCUCUGGGAUGGAACCAUUGGAAUGCAUACGGUUGUAGCAUCAACGAGACCAAGGUUCUUGCUGCUGCCAAUGAUUUCAUCUCUCUCGGCCUCAAAGAUGCUGGCUACGAGUAUAUCAACAUUGAUGAUUGCUGGCCACUCAUGCAGCGGGAUCCAACAACUAUGCAGAUUGUACCGGACCCUUCAAAGUUCCCCAACGGAAUCAGCGGCGUUGCUACCCAAAUUCAUGCUCUCGGACUGAAGAUGGGCAUAUACAGCGAUGCCGGAACUGCUACUUGUGCAGGAUUUCCAGGAUCUCUUGGUAUGGAAAGUCUCGACGCCGCCACAUUCAGUUCUUGGGGUAUCGAUUACCUGAAAUAUGACAAUUGCAAUGUGCCCGCUAAUUGGACAGAUAGCUCAACCCCUCAAGACGGUGACUGGUACAACUCUAAUUCUGCUAUCCGCUAUCGCCAAAUGGGGGGGGCCCUCGCUGAACAACCCAACCCUUUCCAAUUUGAUCUAUGCAUCUGGGGGGCUGCGAACGUAUGGGAUUGGGGAGCUCGAGUCGGCCAUUCUUGGAGAAUGUCCGGGGACUCUGCCCCGACCUGGCAAUACAUCACCGAAAUCAUAGGAAUUAACGUACAGCAUCUGUCCUCCAUCAACUUUUUCUCGCACAACGACAUGGACAUGAUGGAGAUAGGAAAUGGAGCGCUCACAAUUGAGGAGCAAAGAACUCAUUUCGCAGCUUGGGUAUUUUUGAAAAGCCCGAUUCUUCUCGGCACGGAUUUGAGCCUCCUCAAUAGCACGCAGAUUUCCAUCAUCACCAAUUCGGAACUUCUGGCUUUCUCUCAAGAUUCAACAGUGGGCACACCGGCUGCUCCAUUUAACGCAACCGCGUCCUUACCUACUACCUCUAUCCCUGAAUACUAUUCCGGCGAAUCAUCAAAAGGAGUGCACGUUUUCAUCAUCAACACUUCAUCCUCCUCCGCAACGAAGUCUUUCGCAUUUGCGAAUGUUCCUGGGCUUACUGGAAGUGGGCCAUUCAUCUUGCAUGAUAUGUGGACAGGAACGGAUUUGACAGGAACAUACUCUCUGAGUUCAACGUUUACUGUGACUGUGGCAAGUCAUGAUACAGUUGCAUAUCGCAUCACUAGUUCUUAG